AGAAAGAGAGAGAUGUCUGUGGUUAGCAGUCUGGAGGCAGAUCUUGAACUCAAUACUUCAGCUGUGAAGUUUCUUGAAAUAUUUUCGACCAGAAUAUAUGAGCUUCUCACAAUCUCACCUGAGAUUAUACAAAGCAUUGAAAUUGUUGAAGGUGAAUGGGGCACUUCAGGCUUCGUCUUCCUCUCUCAUUAUACCCUGCUAGAUGGUACAGCACAAGUAGCUAAGCUGGUGGUGGAAAGCAUAAACUUAGUAGACCUAUCAAUGACGUUCAGAGUGAUAGAGGGAGAUCUGUUGGAUGUGUAUAAUAGCUUCAUGGUUUAUCUGAAACUAACUCCAAAUUUACUGUCGGGAAGCGUAUUGCAUUGGACCUUUGAAUAUGAGAAGCCAAGCUCAGACACUGCAGAUCCAACCUCCUUGAUGGAAACUGCCAUUCAAGUCUCCAAAGACGUUGAUGCUUAUGUCAGCAACCUCAUCUAGAGACCUUCCAAUUCAUAAUUAUUACUCCAUCUUGAUCUCUUGCUCGUAAUUAAGCUGCCCUACUGCUUGAACAAGUUUGUGUGUCAAAUAAAAGUUGACU